AUGUAUGAUGAUGAUGGGGUGGAAGUCGGAGGAGGAGGAGGAGGAGGAGGAGGAGGAGGAGGAGGAGGAGGAGGAGGAGGAGGAGGAGGAGGAGGAGGAGGAGGAGGAGGAGGAGGAGGAGGAGGAGGAGGAGGGCGCCUGAGCUUGAGCCUGAGAACGAGCAAGGGAAGCAAGGGGACCGGCGUGUGCCAGGAGUUCUCUCUGAAGCAGCUGGAGCGAGCAACAGCCGGCUGGGCAGAAUCAAACCUGGUGGGCAGUGGGGCGUUUGGCGACGUGUACAGGGGAGAGGACCCACAGACCGGGGAGGUGUGGGCAGUGAAGCGCGCCAAGUUUCUGUCGAAUGACUUUCAGACGGAGGUGGAGGCGAUGGCGUCGAAGCACCACGCGCACCUGGUGCGCCUGCUGGGGUACGGCGUGUGCUACGGCUCGGCCAGGCAGCGCAUGGAGCAGAUCCUCGUGUAUGAGUUCAUGGCUGGCAAGGACCUUGAUUACUGGAUCGGCAAAGGUCGGCCAGGCGGCGCAUGGAGCAGAGCAGAUCCUCGUGUACGAGUUCAUGGCUGGAAACGACCUCGACCACUGGAUCGGGAAAGGCGCCUCAAAAGACGGCUCGGCCACGCGGCGCAUGGACCAGAGCAGAUCCUCGUGUAUGAGUUCAUGGCUGGGAAGGACCUUGAUUGCUGGAUCGACAAAGACGCCAACAUGCAAGCCAAGGUCGCUGAUUUCGGCCUUGUGCGGUGCGGCGAGGGCACCACGGUUAUGGCAACGCGGGUGAUGGGGUCGCCGGGGUACAUGGACCCGGCUUACGUCCGAUCGCAGAAGGCCACUCCUGCUGUCGAUGUCUACAGUUUCGGGGUGGUGAUGCUGGCGCUGGUCACGGGGAGGAAAGCAACGGGUGGCGAGGAGGAAAAGGAGGAAGGAAAGGAGGAGGCUCCGUUCAACUUGAAGCAGUGGGUGGCAGCACGGGUGGAGCAGGGAGGCAAUGACAACACAGUGGCAACAAGAUUCGCAGAUCCCAGCUUGGACGCCCCGCCUGCCCUGCUCCUUGCCCUGGCCCACCUCGCCCUCGCCUGCACCAACAUGCGCACCGCUGCGCGCCCCUCCAUGCUGCAGGUGCUUGCGGAGUUGCAGGCUCUCAAGGACCGUUACCUGGUUACCGCUCCCAACCGCAUGCUUGUGCGGAUCGAUCAGGAUGUGGAACCGGGAGUGGUGACUAUGGAUUUUGAAGCGGCGCUGAAAUGUGCGGAGAGUGCUAGCCAAUCAGGUUCUUGCGGGUCAAUACUGUAA